AUGGAAUCAACAGAAAGAGCGUCGUCUGAAAAUGAUAAUGUUCCACCCUCUUCGCACAGUAAUGAUGAGAAGAAAACAUCAUCAAAUAACGAUAAAGAUUCGGGUUACGAAUGCAAUAUUUGUCUAGAAACAGCUCGUAAUGCUGUUUUAUCACUUUGUGGUCAUCUAUUUUGUUGGCCAUGUAUUCAUCAAUGGCUUGAAACUCGUGCACAGAAUCCAACAUGUCCAGUAUGUAAAAGUAGUAUAUCACGUGAUAAACUAAUUCCAAUCUAUGGACGAAAUUCUCCUCAAACUGAUCCACGAGAUACCGUACCACCACGACCAGCUGGUACUAGAGAAGAAGCACGUCAAAAUCGAAAUUUCGGUUUUGGUGAAGGUGUUAAUUUUCAAAUGUCAUUUGGUUUUGGUGCAUUCCCAUUUGGUUUAUUUCAAACAACAUUUAACACAGCUAAUCCUGAUUAUAACUACACCCCACCACCACCAAAUUCACCUGAAUAUCAACAACAAGAAUUAUUAUCACGUGUAUUUCUUGGCAUUGCGUUGGCUGUGAUUUUAUUUAUCCUCUUUACUUGA